AUGAACGAUUUUGGGUUAAAUUCAACGGGUCAUAUAUUAGAUCAACUUCCUUCAUCUUCAAAUCAACAACAUAUUGUCAGCGAGGAUUAUUACGAUUUGGAUAGUAUUUUAGCAAUGAAAGCAAAUGUUCAUUGUGUAUUUGAAUCAGGAACUCCUCUUGAAAUCUUCCCAUUAAUUGGACAAAAGUUGCCCGAAUCAAUCAAAAAAACACAUCAAACUGUUGUUCCUGUUUGGUUACUUUCUGCAGGAAUUGGAGAUAUUUGUCGGUUUAACUUGCCAAAUGCUUUCAACAAAAUUAAUUCUGAUGUUAUUGCUGCUGGUUCAAAAAAAUUGGAAGCUACUCGUAUCGUAGCAAGACAGCGUUAUUUUUAUUUGUUGGGCAUCUUUCUGUGCAGGUAUUUGAACACCUCGGAAGCAAAAAGGAUUUCAACUACCUUAUUGGAUGGAUUUACUUCCAGAAUUGGACAAAUAAUUUCACUUGCUGUUGACACUAGUUUAAAACCUCGUGAUCUACUUGAUGAAAGUGAGAAAAUGCUUUUUUAUGCCAUUCAACACUCUGAACGUCUUCAACUUAAGUGGGUUAGACGUGAGCUUUCUCAUUCCAAACGACGAUCAACAAAGCGUAAAUUUAAUCAAGAAUGUGGUUCUUUUUUACUUUGA